AUGGCGGCUGCCUUUGACAUCACUCCGGAGAAACAGGCUGGCCAGCUUCACUUCCUCAGCAGCCAGGUUGUCGAAACCAAGGCCCCCGUGCUGACGCCCAAAGAUGUCGACCUCAGUGGCCAAACCGCUAUUGUCACGGGUGGCAAUGUCGGCGUCGGCUUCGAGACCGCACGCCAGCUGCUGAGCGUGGGCGUGAGCAAGCUUAUCCUGGCCGUCCGCAGCGAAGCGAGCGGCCAGGCUGCCGCCGAAAAGCUGAUGGGCUCGCGAAAAGACGGCCCCCAAACAGUCGAGGUGUGGAAGCUCGAUCUAGGCGAGUGGGCUUCCGUGACGGCCUUCGCCGACCGCGUCGGCAAGACCCUCGAUGCCCGUCCCGAUGUCGUCGUCCUCAACGCCGGCAUCAUAUGUGCCCAGCCAACCAUCAAUCCCUCGACGGGCCACGAUGAAGACAUCCAGACCAACUACCUCUCCACCGUCCUCCUUCUCGUCUUGCUCCUGCCCAUCCUCAAGGCGAAGCCCUCGGCAGCCACUGCCACCAAGGAUCCCGUGCCGCACAUCUCCGUCGUGUCCUCGAUCAUGGCCCACUGGGCCAAGUUCGCCGAGCGCACCGCCGAACCCCUACUCCCGUCCUUCGACAACAAGGCCACCGCCAACUGGGACAUGGAGGAGCGCUAUAGCGCCAGCAAGCUGCUUGCGCUCAUGUUCAUGACCGAGCUGAGCCGCCGGGUUCCGCGCAAUGUGGCUAUUAUCAACGCCCCGACCCCCGGAUUGACCCACGGCUCGUCGUUCAUGCGCCAGACGUCCGGUACCAUGCUAGGCUUGUUCAUCGGCGUGUUCUAUCGCCUUUUCGGACACGAUUGCACCGUGGGUAGUAGCCAGGUCCUCGCUGCCGCCGUCAGGGCAGGGCCAGAGUCGCACGGCCACUUUAUGGAGAACGGGAAGCUGAGGCCGUGA